AUGAGCAUAAGGGCCCGCACAGGACCUUCACGUUGUAUUGCAGCUGCCACAGUUCACACCUACUAUCCUGGUAGGCAAGAGGAGAUCACUCAGGGUAAGAGCUACCAAGAGAUCGCGGACCUCAUUGAUCAAUACGUCAAGAUUGUGAUCUUGACUGCAACUACACUUCCAUUAAACCUCGAUAAUCUCUAUGGUACUGUCUUCCCCGAGGAUAGAAAGCUGACCUUGGAAGCCCACGACACUGGGGUUGACGUCUUGAUGGCGUAUCGACUCGCCAUUGCAUACCUCCGACGGGCUUUAGAUAUGCAUCUGCCUGGCAAGAGUGAUUCUUGGUUAUCGCCGACAAUGAAGAGUGGUAAAAGCGGAUGGAAGAUCUGUGAUGAGGAGGCCAACGACUUUCUCACACGCCUACAGGAAGCCGGCGUUGGUAAUGACCAGACGUACGAAGUCUUGAACGAUGGAGAAGAAGAGGAAGAAGAGAUUGCCCUGAACUUUCACGAAAUUUUCAGCGGUGUCGAAGAUGAGGAACUCCGAGACAGCAAUGAGGAUGGCGGAGAUCUUGACAACUACUUCCACAACCUUGGGAGCGACGUCGAUGAUAAAGAGGAAGCUAGAGACUACGAUGAUGACGACGAGACUGGGGACUGCGAUGAAGUCACGAGCGAUGGCGACGACGAUGAUUAUGUUGACGGAUAG